AACCUCAAUUUGGGGAAUGUCAUCAAUUAGUCUCUCGGUGAUUGCGUGAUUUCACGAAAGUCUUUCAUAUUCUGCUUUGUGCACUGAGUAUCUCUUCAAACUUCAGUGCAUGUUUCUACCACUUGAUGCUUUAUUAUAUGGGAAUCUAACUUUCACAAGAGCAUUUCAGGCAAAGACUUGUCUUGUUCCCCACUGGCAGGCAAUUUCACUCGGAUACACAAUCAAUAGGCUGAGCAUGGAAAGGUUAUCGCUGGAAGGUCUGUUUGAUUCCACGGAUCUCUCCUUUCUUAUUGAGGAAAAAAAAAUACGCUGUGCUAAUUACUGUACUUCAUUGACUAUUCUCCAGUCAGAAAGCGCACUUCCGACUUCUUGUCCUUCAAUCGCUGAAGGGAUGAUGGUAUCUGCCAAAAGCACACACUUGAAAGUACAUCCCAGCACAAACACACACACACACACACACACACACACAAACACGGACACACACACACAAGCGCGCACACACACACGGCUUCAUAGGUAAAGAUUUCUUCCCUGACAUUGUUUUACCUAAAAUAAGGCAAGUGUGUGGCCACUGUCCCAACCCGGUUACACUCGUAUUCUACGUGCCUAUCAGCCUGAGGAGUAAUUGGAUUCAGGUGUUCUGGAAAGCAUGAUGUGGGCUGUGUCUGUUGAAUUCCCAGCAAUGCAAGGGGACACACCCUGUGACUCCUUCCUUAAUUGAGUGCUGAUAUUUGAUUGGUUUAUCGCGCACCUGAUGGGUGGGUGGGGUGUUCGCGGUUGGUGGGGGUGAGGUAUAUAAGGGCUGAUGCGGCCAGACAGCUCCUCAUUUGAACACCCUCUCGGAAGAGAUAGCGUCUUUCUGCAACCCGCGGUCCCAGCAGAAAAACCUUGUGAUCCUUGUUCCAGGCGACAUGGAGGACGACUCACUCUGCUUGGGAGGGGAGUGGCAGUUGAACCGCUUUUCAAAACUCACAUGUUCUGGGCCAGGUGCAGCUUUUGCUGAAAUCCAGCGGACUUCUCUCCCUGAGAAGUCACCACUCUCAUCUGAGACCCGUGUCGACCUCUGUGAUGAUUUGGCUCCUGUGGCAAGACAGCUUGCUCCCAGGGAGCAGCUUCCUCUGAGUAGCAGGAGACCUGCUGCGGUGGGGGCUGGGCUCCAGAAUAUGGGAAAUACCUGCUACGUGAAUGCUUCCCUGCAGUGCCUGACAUACACACCGCCCCUUGCCAACUACAUGCUGUCCCGGGAGCACUCUCAAACUUGUCAUGGUCACAAGGGCUGCAUGCUCUGUACUAUGCAAGCUCACAUCACACGGGCCCUCCACCGUCCUGGCCAUGUCAUCCAGCCCUCACGGGCAUUGGCUGCUGGCUUCCAUAGAGGCAAGCAGGAAGACGCCCAUGAAUUUCUGAUGUUCACUGUGGAUGCCAUGAAAAAGGCAUGCCUUCCCGGGCACAAGCUGGUAGAUCAUCACUCUAAGGACACCACCCUCAUGCACCAAAUAUUUGGAGGGUACGUACCCGAGUUGGACGAGCACUUGGUGGAAACGGCCACUCAGGAAAGCACCUUAGACUACUGGAAAUUCCUCCAAGAGCAAAACAAAACCAAGCCUGACUUCAACGUCAGAAAAGUCGAAGGCGCCCUAGGACUUGUGCACUUGGUGGAACCCACAGAACGCCGGAAACAGACAGACCGACUUGCCUGUUUCACGGUGUCCAAUUCCAAUGAGUUGAAACGGAAAAUUUUCCCACUGGCAUACGGCAUCUGGGGAGAUUCCGGGUCAUUCGUCCAGCUGCGAAAGGUGCAUCUCUGA